AUGGGAAGUCAAAUGAAGAAGCAAUGGCCUCAACUUGCUUGUGCUUUGACAUUUUUCUUGAUUGCCACAUGCACUAUGGCAUAUUCACCUUAUUCUUAUGAAUCAUCAGAUUCAACAUACAAUAAAGUACAAACCACAAUAGCCAAAAGUGAAGACUACAAGGUACCCUUAGAAUCGGAAAAGGAAUAUAAUGUGCCAUCUUUGCCGAAGAAUGAUAACUACAAGAAGCCAUCAGUUACAGAAGAUAACUACAGGAAAGUACCCUCAGUUGUUGAACAUGAAUACAAGGUGUCAUCCUUGCCAAAGAAUGACUACUACAAGAAGUCACCAGUUCCACCAGAAGAAAACUACAAGAAGGUGUCAUCUGUUCCAGAGGUAACCUCAAUGCCUAAACAAGAAUACAAGGUUCCAUCUUUAUCAAAGAAUUACUACUACAAGAAGCCGUCAAUUCCACAAGAUAACUAUAAAAAGAUGUCAUAUGUUCCAAAGGUUCCCUCAAUACCUAAAGAAGACUAUAAGGUGUCUUAUUUGCCAAAGAAUGACUACUACUACAAGAAACCAUCAGUUUCAGAAGAUAACCACAAAAAGGUGUCGUAUAUUCCAAAGGUGCCCUCAGUGCCUAAUCAGGAAUACAAGGUGUCUUCUUCGUCAAAGAAUGACUACUACAGGAAGCCAUCAGUUUUAGAAGAUUCCUACAAGGUGGCAUAUGUUCCAAAGAUGCCCUAUGAGCCUAAAGAAGAAUACAAAGUGCCUUCUUUUCCAAAGAAUGACUAUUCUAAGAAGUUAUCAGUUCCAGAAGAUAACUAUAAGAAGGUGACAUAUGUUCUAGAGGUACCCGUAGUGACCAAACCAGAAUACAAGGUGCCAACAUUGCCAAAAAAUGACUACUUUAAUAAACAAUCAGUUCCAAAAGAUAACUACAAGACGGUGUCAUAUGUUCCAAAGGUGCCCUCAGUGCCUAAACAUGAAUACAAGGUGCCUUCUUUGCCAAAGAAUGACUACUACAAGAAGCCAUCAGUUUCAGAAGAUAACUACAAAAAGGUAUCAUUUGUUCCAAAAAUACCCUCCAUGCCUAAACAAGAAUACAAGGUGUCGUCUUUGCCAAAAAAUGACUACUUCAAGAAACCAUCACCUUCUCCAUCACCACCACCUCCAUAUUAUUAAAGUUUCAUCUUUCAUGUACAACAUGUUUCAAGGAAG